UUUUCUAACCAUUCCCUAAUCCGUAGCAGGUCCUAUCAGAUCAACGGUCCAGAUCAGUCGGCCACGUCCCCCACACGUGCGGAUCCCUCUUUACUGAUGAGAGAGAAGGUGGGAUAUAAUUCAGAUAAAAAAACAGAAAAAACGGCAAAAUCACAAAUCAAAUGAAUGAAGAUCUUUCUUCCCUCCAAUUUCUAUUCUCCUUCUCCAAACUUCUUCUUCAAAACAGUAUUCUCUACAAAAUCAAAUCCAAACCUUUCUGCCUUUUUCUCCAAAUGCGUCGACAAAACCAGCAUUUCCUCCUGGAAUUCCGCCAUUGCGGACCUCGCCCGCAGUGGUUCCCCUGUCGAAUCCCUCCUCGCCUUCUCCUCCCUCCGCUCCCUCCCUCUCUCUCCGAACCACUCCACCUUUCCUCCUGCCAUCAAAUCCGCCACUGCUCUCUCCGACCUCCGCUCCGGUGGCCAGCUCCACCACCUCGCGCUUGUCUCCGGGGUCCAAUCGGAUGUCUUUGUGUCAUCAGCGCUCGUGGAUAUGUAUGCCAAAUGCGGUGAAUUGGGGGAUGCACGGAAGGUGUUCGAUGAGAUGCCGCACAGGAAUGUCGUGUCCUGGACGUCGAUGAUUGUCGGUUAUGUUCAGAAUGGUGCUGCCCGUGAGGCGGUUUUGCUGUUUAAGGAUUUUUUGGUGGAUGAGGGGGAGAGAGAUAGGGCAGUUGAGAUGGAUGGGGUUGCAGUGGUGGCGGUUCUCUCGGCUUGUUCGAGGGUUUUGGAGAGGCAGGCGACAAGAGGGGUUCAUGGAUUUUUGGUGAAGAGGGGGUUUGAGGGGGAGUUGGGGGUGGGGAAUACGUUGAUGGAUGCUUAUGCAAAGUGUGGGGAGUUGGGCAUUGCAAGGAAGGUGUUUGAUGGGAUGGGUGAGAAGGAUGUGGUGUCUUGGAAUUCAUUGAUUGCACUGUAUGCGCAGAAUGGGCUGUCAGCGGAGGCGAUAGAUCUGUUUGCGCAAAUGUUAAAGGAUGGAGAUGUCAGCUACAAUGCAGUGACGCUGUCAGCUGUGUUGUUGGCAUGUGCGCAUUCAGGGGCAUUGCAGCUUGGGAAGUGCAUACACAAUCAGGUAAUCAGGAUGGGUCUGGAGGAGAAUGUUUUUGUGGCUACAUCAAUUAUCGACAUGUACUGCAAGUGCGGUAGAGUAAAGAUGGCAAAGGGAGCAUUCAAUCGCAUGAAGGAGAAGAACGUGAAGACAUGGACUGCCAUGGUUGCCGGAUAUGGUAUGCAUGGUCGAGGCAAAGAAGCUCUGCAAGUGUUCUGUGAGAUGCAAAGGGCAGGUAUACCACCUAACUACAUAACCUUUGUAUCCGUCCUUGCUGCUUGUAGCCAUGCAGGACUGGUCAAAGAAGGCUGGUAUUGGUUAAAUGCCAUGAGCAAAGAUUUUGGGAUUGAUCCAGGGGUUGAGCAUUAUGGUUGCAUGGUUGAUCUCCUUGGGCGGGCUGGUUGUCUCAAUGAGGCCUACAAUCUGAUCAAGGGAAUGAAAGUAACACCUGAUUUUGUGGUUUGGGGAGCUCUUCUUGGUGCUUGUAGAAUUCAUAAAAAUGUGGAGCUUGGGGAGAUUUCUGCGAAGAAAUUGUUCGAGUUGGAUCCAAAAAAUUGUGGGUACUAUGUUUUGCUUUCAAAUAUCUAUGCGGAUGCUGGAAGGUGGAAUGAUGUGGAGAGAAUGAGAGUUUUAAUGAAAAACAGAGGUCUGGUUAAGCCUCCUGGAUACAGUUUGGUAGAGCUGAAGGGUAAGAUUCAUGUGUUUCUAGUUGGAGAUAGGGUGCAUCCUCAGCAUGAAAAGAUUUACGAUUAUUUGGAAAUUUUAGCUGUUAAGAUGCAGGAAGCUGGCUACGUGCCCGAUACAACAUCGGUUCUUCAUGAUAUUGACCAAGAAGAGAAGGAAACGAUUCUCCGUGUUCACAGUGAGAAGCUUGCAGUCGCCUUUGGGAUCAUAAACACGGUCACAGGGACGACAAUCCAGGUCAUCAAGAAUCUUAGAGUUUGCGGCGAUUGUCAUAAUGCGAUCAAGUUGAUUGCCAAGAUUGUUGAUCGAGAGAUUGUAGUCAGGGAUUCAAACCGGUUUCAUCAUUUCAAAGAUGGGUCCUGUUCAUGUGGGGAUUACUGGUGAGAUGAUGUGAAGAAUCGCCCGGAUUGAUUCUAACUGUUAUUUAUUGGAAACCAUUAGUUUGGGCUGGUGAAGGAAUACAACCAUAUAAUGCCAGCUCUACAGAUGGCAUCAGAGUGCUAAUGCCGAGAGCACUUAGAUUUCAAUUUUUUCAUUUCCAAGAUGGGUUAUCUGUGAUGAUU